AUAGCAAACAUGGAGCGAACGAACAGCAUAAGAAGAAAGACCGUAGCGAGACAACAUAAGACAGAAGUCAUGAUUGCGGGAGAACAGCUCAGGUUGAGGCUUCACGACGGAAAACUGAUCAAGGAUAGGCGGUACCACCUGCGGACGUAUCCCAACUGCUUUGUGGCUCAGGAGCUGAUUGACUGGCUGGUGAGUCACAAGGAGGCUUUGGAUCGAGCGACGGCCGUUUGUCUCAUGCAGCACCUCAUGGACCACGACAUCGUUCAUCACGUCUGUGACAAGAGACCUACAUUUAAGGACGCCAAACUGUUGUAUCGUUUUCGCAAGGAUGACGGCACGUUUCCCUUCAACACUGAGGUGAAAGUCUUCAUGCGAGGACAAAGGUUGUAUGAAAACCUCGUCGCCGACAAAAACUCCAUCCUGCAGCUGAGGGAGGAGCACGGGGCUUCGUAUCAGCGCUCGUUUCCGGGCUGCCAGCUGAUUGACUGGCUCCUGCAGAGCGGGGAGGUGGAGAGCAGGCGUCAGGGAGUGGACUUGAGUCGGGCCCUGCAGGAGCACGGCAUCAUUCAACACGUGACAAAGAAGCAUGACUUCUUCGACAGUGGGCUCCUCUAUCAGUUUUGCAUCAAUUUCCGUCGCCGCCGGCGCCUGUCUGAGCUGUUACAUGAAAGGGAGCAAGAGAAUGACGGGGCUUCCAUCCAAGAGGAAAACAAUCUCGACAGUCCAUUUUGUCGACACAAAGACCCCAUCCAGGAGCUCAACAGUGCUUUUCAAUCUAUUGGGCCGAAUAAAGACAUAAAGCAGAUCACAGGUGGCCGGAGAUCCAGCCUGACUUCCAUCCAGCUUCAUUCUGGCGGGUUUCAAACACUCGGUCAGCUCUCUUCAAACUCAGUCGUGAGAUCCAAUCCUAAAUCAGUUUUAAAAAGACAUGUUGCAUGUGAGGAGCUACUGGCCCCUGGAGCGCCCUUCAUCAAGAAAGUGCUUACGGUGAUCGGGGACGCCCUGGGCUGGGGCAUUGUGGUCAGAGGCAGGGCUCCCUGCUACGUUCAAGCCGUGGAUCCUGGCAGCCCUGCGGCAGCUGCUGGAGUUAAGAUACGGCAGUUUGUGUGCCAGGUGAAUGGCAGGUGUGUUCUUUACCUGGGCUACAAGACGGUGACCAGGCUGGUGAUGACUGGGCCUCGUGUCGUUGUGCUAGAGGUCAUGGAGGAACUGGAAUGAAAAUAACGUCUGAACAACAAUAAUAAUAAUAAAUCUUGAAUAUGAUUGUGAAUAAGAAAAAAAAGAAACGGGGUUAGGAGGAGUACAAAUACCUCGCUGUUCGUCUGAACAACAGACGGACUGGACUGAAGCCUUCUACCAGAACGGACUGGGCAGAAUGUACUUCUUCUGUUCUUCUGACUUUGCAAUAAGAUGCUGAAGAUCAUCUAUAAAUCUGUUUGGGACAGUAUAAUAUCUUCUGCCAUCAUCUGUUAGGAUAACAAGUGACUGGAAAAAAGGCUAAAGCUGAAAUAAAUAAGGCUGGUUCUGUUCUGGGGACUCCUCUUGAAC